CAGGAAGUGAGGAGAUACUGAUGGCGCCCGACUAGAAUGGAGGAGCAAUUAUCGCGUACAACUUCUUAUACAGUUUUGUCGUGUCUACUAAGUCAUAAACAAAUUCAACUCGCAAUACACAAUGGAAGGGGAGAUAGAGGUGGAGAGCAGCAGUGAUGUGGGUCCGUCGGGGUCCGGGAUGGAGGAGCCGUCUGAGAGCGGUAUGGGCAUGGAGUCGUCGGAGGCCAUGUCUGCAGACAGCAGCGACGCAGCGGCACCACACGCCUCACGCCACCACAGCCAGCACCGCCAUGGGCACGGUCACCAUGGCCAGGCCCCAGAGUCAGACUGCCAUGUGGGACAAAGCUCAGAGGGUAUCCCGGCGUUCUUACCAGAGACCAGCUCCAGUACAGACGUCACCCACCACAGAGCCACCGUCCACCUCCCGGACUCCUCCUCUGUGGCCCAGUCCACCAGCGUCUCCACCGUAACCCAGUCCAUCCUGGUGUCCGGGUCGGCCCAGGUGACAGUCCACUCCAGUGCAGUGGUGUCAGACUGCGGGGGCAUGAUGGUGUCAGACUGCGGGGGCAUGAUGGUGUCAGACUGCACAGCCUCUACCUCCUCGGACCUGGGAUCAGCCAUAGACAAGAUCAUAGAGUCCACCAUCGGACCUGACAUCAUGAACGGAUGUAUAGCAGUGACCAGUGCAGAGGACGGAGCUGCAGAGACCAGCGAGGGGCAGUAUUUAAUACUACAAGGACCAGACGAUGGGGCCCCUAUGGUAGCCCACAUGUCGUCCUCGGCUCUGUCCAGCCAUCACCGCAUCACCAUCGAGGCUCUGGGAGAGGGUCCUACCUCCACCUGUCACGACCAGGGAGACAUGCAGGAUAACCUGGAUCCAGACCAGCCCUCUGGGAGUCACUCUCACUCCGGCCACUACCCAGACCACGAGGACCAGGACAACCAGCCUCAGCACUCACACGCGUCCCAGUACAUGGAGUGUAGCGGUGGAGAUGCGGACGGACCUGAUCAGACUGGAGAGUCCUCCUCCUCGUAUGUAGACGAUGAGGAACCCGACCAGACACGUUCCUCCCGCUCCCUCGUCCGGUCCCGUUUCCCUGAGUACGGUAUGGUCGACAACUCUGGCCAGGACCUAAGGGGGUACGUGGAGUGUAGUGGUAGCGGUGCCACCGACUCCAACCCCUCGUCCCCUGCCCGCCUACGACACACCCACUAUAUGGUGGACUGCAGCGCGGGGACGGGGGCGUACCUGGAGUGUGCCGGGGACGAGGAAGAGGAUUCGAUGCAGCACCACUCUCGGAGUCACAUCGACAGCAGCAGCAGUGCUAACCAUUCCCAGAAUCACCAAACUAUGUCUAACCACUCCCAGAGUCACCAAACCCUGCGGCAGUAUGUGGAGUCCGGGGCUGCGGUUGCAGAUUCAGAGCAGCCCGGUUGUUCCAACUCCCACUCUCAGAGUCACCAAACCCUGCGGCAAUAUAUGGAGUCUGGGGCUGCAGAUUCGGAACAGCCACGAUGUUACCAAUACCAGGCUGAGGAAGGGCAAGGAGAGGACCCAGACCAGAACCAGGACCCAGACCAGCCACAGCACUCUGACCAGCAGCAGCCUCAGCACUCACACUACAUGGAAACCACCAGCAGCAGCACUGGCCCAGAAGGCGAGGGUUCCACCACAGACCACCACCACCCCCAGGCAGACACCGCAGACUCGGGCUCAGCAGAUCAUCCAGAGGCUAUGGAGUGUUCUGAGAGCCAGCCUGGCCCUUACAUCAGUAGCAGUGGAACCUAUUCCUACCACCCGGAGCCUGAGAUGGAAGAGGCCCCUGAACCUACAUGGUCCCCCAGUUUGGAGAGGCCUUCGAGGGGAGAGGAGGAGGAGGGCGGCGUGGUGGGGGGGUCUGGGGCUCCAGUCGUGGAGGAGGGGGCUGGGAGUGGAUCAGGGGUCGCCGUCCCCCACACCAUGGCUGAACUGGAGGAGAUGAUGGAGGUGGUAAUCGUUCAGCAGUUUAAGUGCAAGAUGUGUCCCUACAAGAGUGUCUCCAAAGACACCCUCAUCAACCACAUGAGAGACAGGCACUUCAAACCCACAGGUGGCCCCCCUCCUAAGAAGCGUGGUCGUGGUCGGCCCCGGCGUAGUGAUACGUUGGCCCGUCAGCAGGCUGAGGUGAAACCAGAGCCCCAGCCUGAGGAGCCAGAGGACGAUGACAUCGUAGACGCUGGGGCCAUCGAUGACCCUGAAGAGGACAGUGACUAUAACCCAGCAGAUGAGGACUGUAGGGGCAGACAGCCUGCUCUCCUGCGACAACCUGUCCCCCCUCCCUGCUCCUCGUCCUCCUCCACAGACCGCCCCAGGCGCAGGGUGGGACGACCCAGGAAGUUCACCUACACAGAGGGCAGCUACAACGGCAAGGAGGCAGUAGCAGACGGGACGUCAAAGCCUAAGGGGAGUGUGGAUCCUCAAGGCUCGGAGGAGGCCAGUUCCUCAGGCCUGGGAAACGGCCCAGGUCCCUUGGCCAAUGGAAACACAGCGGAAGCCGGCAUCAGCCAAUCGGACUCUGAGAACAAAGACCCGUCGUCCAAUGGGAGGCCAGAAGAGCUUUUCCCAAGGAAACGGGGUCGACCCUCCAAGCGGUUCAUCAGAAAGAAGUACAAGAAGUACAUGAACCGCAAGUACUGUAAGUCUCUGAAGCCGCUCCUGAGGCCUCACAGUUGUUGGAUCUGCGGCUCUCGCUUCCUGUCCCAGGAGGACCUGAGGUUCCACGUUGACUCUCACCAAGGAAACGACCCAGAGUGCUUCAAAUGCCUGCAGUGUAACUACCGCUGCAAACGAUGGUCCUCGCUUAAGGAACACAUGUUCAACCACCAGGGGAACAAGCCCUUCAAGUGUGAGGAGUGUGACUACAGCAGUGUGUAUAAGAAGGAUGUCAUCAGACACUCUGCAAUACACAACAAGGACAAGAAAACAAAGUCUGAGUCAUGUGGUCUGUCUGACUCUCAGCAGGUAUCUAAGGUGUUGUCGUUCCCGUGUCCAGUGUGCCACAGAGUCUACCCCAUGCAGAAGAGACUCACUCAGCACAUGAAGACACACAGUACCGAGAAACCACACAUGUGUGACAAGUGUGGGAAGUCCUUCAAGAAGAGAUAUACGUUCAAGAUGCAUCUCCUCACACACAUCCAGAGUGUUGACAACAGCAGGUUCAAGUGUGAGUUCUGUGACUAUGACUGUGACAACAAGAAGCUCUUGCUCAACCACCAGCUGUCCCACACCAACGACCGGCCCUUUAAAUGUGACUACUGUAAAUACUCCACCUCUAAAGAGGACUUCCUGGUCUCACACCUGGCCAUCAAACACACAGGAGAGAAACCGUUCUCCUGUGAGAUGUGCCACUUCAUGACGAAACACCGUAAGAACCUGCGUCUGCACGUCCAGUGUCGCCACCCGGAGGCGUUUGAGGAGUGGAGCGCUACGCACCCUGAGGAGCCCGUCAGGCGGAGGAGGAGACCUUUCUUCACCCAGCAACAGAUAGAGGAACUCAAACAGCAACACGACGACACACCGGGCCUACAGAACACUAUACUGGCGGUGGAUCCUGACACACUACAAGCCAUGCAGACAAUGCAGAACGCCUCAGUCUCCCAAGAUGCAAUGGGAAACACCACCAUCAUCUACGAACAGGCCGGAAACUCAGACCUGUCAGCCCAGAAUGCUUUGGAUCUGCUGUUGAAUAUGAGCAACGCCAGAGAGCUGGUGGGAAACUCACUGCAGGUACAGGUGUUGAAGUCGUCUGACUCCAAUGUUCUAGAAGCAGGCUCCUGGACGGGCGUUACCUCGGCGACAGGGGGAGGGCAAAAAGUAGUGACCUUUCACGUGUCUGAGACCGGCGAGACCCUGGUGCAGGAGGUCCAGGAUGUGCAGGAGGGUUAUGAGGCAGGGACCAAUGAGAAUGGAGAGAUCACCCAGGUGGCCAUCCAGGCCUAUGAGGGGGCAGAAGGCUUCAGUGUGUUGGAACAGGUGGAACAAGCUACAGAGGAGAUCCACAGCACCGGACCUGGGUACAGCAGUGGCGAGGGGAGUCCUCAGCCCAUGGAAGAAGAGGAGGAGGGAACAGAAAUAGUCAGAGAGAAUGGAGAAAAGUACUACCUGACCUCCGGGCUAGGGGAUGGGGUGCUGCAGCAGGUCGAGCUGAGCAGUGAGGCCCCGGGUUCUCCCUCCAUGGUGGGUUCUCCCCAGCAGAACCAGCUCAACCCUAAGAGGUUCUCCUGUCGUAUCUGCAUGGAAUCGUUCCACGGCCGCAGUGACAUGGAGAACCACAAGAGGGCCCAUAUCGACCCAUCCACCUUUAAGUGUCCCGACUGUGACUUCACUGCCUCCUCCUGGCCAGUUGUCAAGACCCACAUGGUCAUGCAUGCCUACCUGAGACCUCACAAGUGUCCCAGCUGCAGCUUUGCCUCCAAGAACAAGAAGGAUCUGAGGAGACACAUGAUGACGCAUACCAACGAGAAGCCCUUCACCUGCCAGAUCUGUGGACAGAGGUUUAAUCGCAACGGCCACCUCAAGUUCCAUAUGGAGCGACUCCACAGCCAGGACCCUCCGACAAAGAAGAGCCGCUCUGGAGCAGGCUCCCAGCAGACCAUCAUAGUUAACAAUGACGAGGAGGCUCUCGUCACGCUACAGUCAGCUCUGCAGGCAGGACAGACUAUCAGCCCAGAGCAGCUACAACAGGCCUUGGGUCAGGACCACAUCAUAGUGUCCCAGGAACAAGCCUUGGGUCAGGACCACAUCAUAAUGUCCCAGGAACAAACCUUGGGUCAGGACCACAUCAUCAUGUCCCAGGAACAAACAUUGGGUCAGGACCACAUCAUAGUGUCCCAGGAACAAGGCCUGGAAGACCAAGAGGAGGCCACGUACAUUCAGCAGAUCACCACAGUGGACGGACAGACGUUACAGUACAUGACAGGAGACAACCAGGUCCAGUAUAUCAUCUCUCAGGAUGGAGUCCAACACUUCCUACCUCAGGAGUACGUGGUGCUAUCAGACGGGAACCACAUCCAGAUGUCAGAUGGCCAGAUCAUCCAGUAUGAGCAUGAUGGGGCCUUCCUGCAGGAGCAACAGAUUGCCCUGAGUCAUGACGGGCAGAUCCAGUAUCUUCCCAUCAGUUCAGAACAACAGAUGGUCAGUCCUGAGGACCUGGAGGUUGCUGAACAUUCUGCCAUUACUGCUGUAGCAGAUGCAGCCUUGCAACAGACCCAGACGGUCUAUACAGAGGCCACACAAGAACAGCUGGAGCAGCUACAACAGCAGGGAAUCCAGUAUGAUGUCAUCACCUUCACCGAUGAGUAGAGACCCUCGGAUGGAAGUCGGGAGGGAUGGCUCUCUGUGAUUGCGGACUUGUCUCCUAGUAUGAUGUCUACUAUUGGCUGCCUGAUGUCCGUAUGUAGUGCAGGACUAGUACGGGGGAACCACGAUGACCAGUGACCUCCAGCAUGGUUCGACAUGAUCGGCCCGAGCGAGACUGCAGAGAAUCUAAAAAUCAUUGUAUAAAAUCAUCCAAAACAGCUACUCAUUAUGCGAUCAAGAUUGGCAAAUCUUGGCAGGGUCUUGCCUAGGUCCAUCCCCUAGAACACACUGCUCUACUCUCUAGAAGCUCUGCCGUGCUUCAGAUACCCAGAACCCACUGCUCUACUCUCUAGGAGCUCUGCCAUGCUUCAGAUACCCAGAACACACUGCUCUACUCUCUAGGAUCUCUGCCGUGCUUCAGAUACCCAUAACCCACUGCUCUACUCUCUAGGAUCUCUGCCGUGCUUCAGAUACCCAUAACCCACUGCUCUACUCUCUAGGAGCUUUGCCAUGCUUCAGAUACCCAUAACCCACUGCUCUACUCUCUAGGAUCUCUGCCGUGCUUCAGAUACCCAUAAUCCACUGCUCUACUCUCUAGGAUCUCUGCCGUGCUUCAGAUACCCAUAACCCACUGCUCUACUCGCUAGGAGCUCUGCCGUGCUUCAGAUACCCAUAACCCACUGCUCUACUCUCUAGGAGCUCUGCCGUGCUUCAGAUACCCAGAACCCACUGCUCUACUCUCUAGGAGCUCUGCCGUGCUUCAGAUACCUGGGAUGCUCGAAGCAGCCCCAGAGAGGAUUCUAGUGGCUGGUAGAUCUAUCACUCAUAGUGGGAGUGAUGAAUAGAUGAACUCUCACUGUUAAGUAGAUCUAUAAACAGAAGCUUUUGUAAAUUCUAAAUAUUGUACCCGUCGCUUCUAAGUUAAUCAAUAGGGGCUGAUGUACAUUAAAGAACAAAGUUACACAUGGUUGGAUGAUCUAGACUGUGUCUGAAAUGCCACCCUAUUUCCUACAUAGUGCACUACUUUUGACCAGGGCCCUUCAAAACUGGUGCACUAAAUAGGGAAUAGUUUGUAUUUUGGUACGUAGGCGUACUCUGUAAUUAUUUAAGAUCUGCGGUUUCCUCAACACCUGCUUUGACUUGCAAGACAAUGUCACAAAAGAAGAAAUUAAAA